CACAUACACACACACCUAGACCUACACACACACUCACUCACAUAGGCACUCACACAAACACACACUCACCCACACAUAAACACACACAACUACACAUACACACAAUAACACACACAUACACACAUGCACACGCGCACACACUCACACAAAGAUACACACAGACGCACACGCGCGCGCCCGCCGGACAUUGAAUUGGAUGUCGUCGACUGAAUCGGUGCUUUGAAGCUCGAGCUGAAGACGCGUUGAAACGGAUGUAACUGAACAACAGAAAUGCUGAUUCGGUUUGUAGAUGAUUAAUCCGUGUUCGGUUUCAUCUUUCAGAGGUUGUCAGUGAGACUGAAGCAAUAUAUGAAGCGCAUCAUUCACUGGGAGGAAGUUGUCAUGUUGGAUUUGUGUCCACUUUCUGUGCAUGCUGUCUGCUGUGUUACAUUACAUGCAUCGUCAUUCUCAUCCCAACUGCAUGCUUCCUGUCAGGAAUGAGUUGACUUUGUGUCCUCUAUUAACAUGGGCAAAAACUAUGAUAACAAUAACCCUCAAAUUCUCUCCUCCAAGAAGGGCGCUACCUGCCACAAGCACAGCUGCUGUGCGUCCAGACCCGGCGCAGAUCUCUGGCGCGACGUUGAGCAUCUCCGCACCGCAUUAGAGGUGGAGCGCAGUCGUAACAAGCAGGCUCACCGUCGCUUCUCCCUGGAGCUCCGGAGGCAACGGGAGGAGGCACGAGUGGAGCGAGAGCGUGCGCUUAGGGAGCUGACGUACAGACACGAGCAGCAGAGGUCGCUGGAGCUGCUGCAGCAGAGAAAGACGCUAGGCCGAGAGCGCACGGCAGAGGUUCGCCGUCUGCUGCGUUGGCAGGAUCAGGAGAGGCAACAUACCGUGAGCUCCACGCUUAAGCGGUCCCAAGAACUUCACCAUCAUCUAGCCGAGGAGAUUGCUGGGAACAGUAAAUCCGGGAUCCAAAGAAAACAGGGUAGUCGCAGGGUGUCCACGAGCGAGCCUGGAUGUAAAGGUAAUGGCACGACGUACCGUAAACUCGAGGAGCUGAUAAAGUCGCUGCUUGCACUGGGCGAUGGCGAGCAGGUUGCUUUGCCUCAACGGCUCCAACAGGAAGUGGACCUAGAGAAGAGCUACUUCCUGUGCCACCUACUGGAAGCACACAGGCGACCUUCCCAGGCGGAAACGGAUCCAAAGGAAGAACACAAAGGGUGCAUUGUAAAUCUGACGAGGCCGAGGUCAAAGAGUUGCGUGCAACUGCUGAGCGGCGACAUCUCGCAAGGCCAAGACCGCCUGGGAUCUUCUAGGACAGGGAAGCUUGCUCUAUGUCGCUCUCAGUCACUGUCCCAGACGCCCCAAAGUGUCUCUCCACCGCCUAUGAAGACGAAGAAGAAGAAGAAGGAGCAGGCCUUUGAAACACCUCCUUUCAGCACCUCUUCAGAAGACGAAGAGGUGUCCAAGGGGGAUCUUUUUGGAGACUUACCUCAAUCAUGCUCACCUGAGAAAUGGGACCUUCAGCGUUCUAGCACGUCGGAGACCACAUCUCCAGAGAAGUGCUCACCGUCCAGAUGUCCAGAGGACAAUAUGGAGGAUCUGAUUAAAUUGAUUGUGUCAGUGAAUGCAAUCAGGCCUGACCCUCACAAGCCCUCCCAUCAUGGCUCACCCACGCCGGAUAUGAGUAGCGCUGAACCGGAGUCUCCAGCUGGUCCCGGGGAUCCGGACCGAGAGAAUCCAGAGGAGAGUCGGAAGGCUACGAGCGGGAAAGACCCGGGGUCCUCCAUGACCAAUGGAAAUGGCAGCGUGAUGGUGCUGGGCAAACGGCAUCACUCUCUGUACGAGGGGCUGAAUGGAGGCGAGGCAGGAGGAUUUGGAAAGAAUGGCAGGAGUUACGGGUUCCUUGUGCAGCAGAACUCUGAGCUGCUGCGGGCGCUGGAGGAGACGGAGAAAACAUGCGCCGCUCUCAGAGAGGAGAACGGGAUACUGCGGAAGAGCAGUUCUCCAGAAACGGAGGAGAAGGUGACGAGAUUGAGGAGGAAGAACACAGAACUCGCCGUCAUCGCCAAACGACUGGAGGAGAGAGCGCGGAAACUGCAGGAGGCCAACCUGAAAGUGGUGAACUCCCCCAUGCCCAUGAAAGCGGGCACUGUGGAGCAGUACAAGCGAGCGUUUGCCCGUCAGAGAGCGCGAGAUUUGGCGCAGCACGCAUACACGCUGCUGUCUAAAGACAAGCAGAUCGCUGCGCUGCAGACCGAGUGCAGACAACUGGAAUCACGACCGAGACAGGGGAAGGGUCCUAUAGGAGUGAGUGAGUUUGAGCGUCUGUUGAAGGAGUCACAGAAAGAGGUGUUGCGUCUGCAGAGACAGCUGUCUGUCACCUCCGUCAGAGAUCAGAGCAGUGCGACAGCAGAGACCCCCGCAGACAGACAGACGAGGGUUGCAUUUGAAGCCCCGCCCACAUUAGUAGAUGAAGCCCCUGUUAAGAGGGAGGAGACUCCUGGAGAGGGGGUGGAGCCAGAGACACAAGUGAAGCCUGGUCCGGGCACAAGCCCCGCCCACGAGCUAGAGCAGACCACUGAAGAACGUCUGCAUUUGCUGGAAAGUGAGCUGGGCAAGAAGAGGAAAGAAUGUGAAUCUCUUGAGCAUGAAGUGAGAAAGAGACAGAAGCGAUGUCUCGAUUUAGAGAGUCAGCUAGUGGAGGAGUGCAGCAGAAAUGAGCGUUUAGUGGAAGAGGCAGAACUCCUCAGGAGGAGAGCUCAGCUGCUUCAACAGUCUCCAAAUGAUAAUGACGAGCUGAAGGAACAGCUCUCAGAUUUGAGCGCUCAGCAUAGUUCAGUUCUGGAGGAGAACCAGCGACUGCGAGCAAAGCUGGAGAACCUAGAGCAGGUCCUGAAGCACAUGCGAGAGGUGGCCGAGCGCAGGCAGCAGCUGGAACUGGAGCAUGAACAGGCACUGGCGAUCCUCAAGUUCAAACAUGAUGAGAUCAAACGACUGCAGCGGGCUCAGUUAUUUGCUAAGAGAGAACAUGAAGGUGUCGUGCAAAUGCUGGAGCAUGUGCAUAUGAUUAUCUGUGUGAAGUCAAAAGUUCGGGAUCUUGAGGAUAAAUGCCGCAGCCAGAGCGAGCAGUUCGGUUUGCUCUCACAUGAGCUGGAUAAAUUCCGGGUUCAGGCUUCAAAGAUUGACCUGUCGGGACCCGAAUUGCUGUCCAGUGCCAGUUUGACCCAGCUGACCAACGGCUUGCCCGGUGAGACUGAUAUGGCUGCAGUCUUGCGGUCAGGCUCAACUCCACGUGGGUCUGAACCGUCUCAUCCUGAGCGCUCUCCGGUCACCAGACACCGCGAGCUGCCCACCAUCAAGUCCGGCUCCUCCUCCAGCACCACACCACCCAGAUCUGAGACUACACACCUGUCCCCCAAAUCUGCAGCAUCUCACACCAGCCCCCGAAAGACCAGCCCGACACAUGAGGUGGACACAGCUAGUGAAGUCGAGGAACUGGAUAUUGAUGUUUCUCCAGCGCCGUAUGUGAAUAAAGGAGCCGCUAAACUCCAGGUGUUCAUUGCACGUUACAGCUACAACCCUUUUGAUGGCCCUAAUGAUAACCCUGAAGUGGAGUUACCGCUCACAGCAGGAGAGUAUAUUUACGUCAAUGGAGACAUGGACGAUGACGGCUUCUUUGAGGGUGAACUUAUGGACGGACGGAGAGGCCUUGUACCCUCUAACUUUGUGGAACGCAUUUCAGACGAUGACUUCAUCAGCAGCCAACCUCAUCAGACCGGCGAAAUAUCCCAUAAUUCCUUCCAGGAGAGCUGUUUUCACAGCGGUAGCGAGCGGUUGCACCAUCACCACCACCUGCGCUUUGCCCACAGCGCCUCCGAGAGGACAGAGACCUCCACGACAGCAUCAGCUCCCGGUGACAUCGCCAAAGCUAAUGGCUCCACCCCUUCGCUGAACGCCCCCCUCACUAAUGGCUUGGAUCUGGAUGUAGAAGAAGUGGGGGUGGACACCGUGCCUUACCCCCGCAAGCUAACGCUAAUCAAACAGCUCGCCAAGAGUAUCAUCAUCAGCUGGGAGGCGCCGCUCGUACCGGUGGGCUGGGGUUCCGUGUUUAGCUAUAAUGUCUACGUGGACUUCGAGCUGCGACUCAACGUGCCAUUUGGCACUCAAACUAAGGCGGUUUUGGAGAGGCUGGACUUGCCGCAGAAGGCGUAUCGGAUAGCGGUUCAGAGCUUGACGGAGCACGGGAACUCAGAUCAGUUGCGUUGCAGUAUGCUUGUUGGGCGAGAUGUAUGUGUGGCGCCAACACAUCUGCACGUUGAACGCAUAACGGCUACCUCGGCCAGCCUGACCUGGCUGCCUAGCAACAGUAACUAUGUGCACAUUGUGUCUUUGAACGACGAGGAGUGCGAGCUGGUAAAGGCGGGAUGCUAUUCACUGUGCCUCAGUAACCUCACGCCCAACCUGCAUUACCGCAUUAAAGUGGAGGCCCGGACGCACCGCACAGCCUGGGAACUUCCACCCGAGUCCCGAGAACGCAAAACCGCCGUGACCUCUUUCACAACCCUGACUGCAGGUCCUCCUGACGCACCUCUGGACGUGCAGUUGGAGCGGGGUCCGUCUCCAGGGAUCGCUCAGAUUAGCUGGCUUCCUGUUACCAUAGAUGCUGCCGGGACGUCCAAUGGAGUCCGAGUCACUGGCUACACCAUCUAUGCUGACAAGAAGAAGGUAUUAGAGGUGUCAUCACCCACAGCAGGCAGCGCUCUGAUUGGUCCAUCUCAGAUCCAGACGUUACAGGCUGCCCAUGAGCUCACCGUACGCACCAUGUCACCAUUUGGCGAGUCGGUGGAUUCUUUACCUGUGAAUGUUCCUUCAAAACUGCCUGCCAUCAUGUCAGGUGUCCCUCUACCUCAAUACCAGUCUGUGCCAGCUACCGCCAGUGUCCUCGCUGCCGGUGUGAACCCUGAGCCUGCUGUCUGUGCCACAUCUCUCUCUGCUGCCAUAACGCCUGUUUUGCCACAUGCUGCUGUACUGGACGAACAUACCACUGGUCCUGUGAGGGGAGUUUACAUCAACACACCCAAAGCAGUCGCUCGUGAUGCACAACAUCCUGCCAUGUCCUGCGUUGAAGCCUGGGCAAAACCAGAAGCUGCUCCGUUUAUGGUUGCCAUGGAGGCGCAGGAAGCACUAUCAAUGUCAGCUACUCACGUUAACCCAACGGCGAGUGUACCUGUGCCCAUUGCCACACCUGCAACUGUGGUCAUGCCAGUGCCCGUUGCCACACCAGCAUCAAUGGCUUUGCCUAAUCCCUUGACCAUGCCAGCACCUAUGAUUACACCAGCACCAGUGCCCACUCCAGCAUCCAUGGCAAUGCCAGUGCCCAUGACUGUACCUCCACCCUUGGCAAUGCCAGCACCCUUGCCCGCUUCUGUUGUUGUUCACACAUCAGUGCCAGUGCAGUCCAGUGUGGCCCCAGCUGUGCUGAACCCCAGCAGAGAGACAGAAAGUUUCGGUGCCCAGCGUCCUGUUACCUCCCUCUCUGACUUUCUGGAGGACCCCCGUGCCAAACUUCACACGCCACCGCCUAGUUCCACCGCACCCAAAGUCAACAUAUCUGAUGCGCACCCACUCAGGCCUCCCAAUGAAUCGCCCUUCGAGUCAGAGACUGAGGAAGACAGAGAGAACACCAGGCUAGUGUCAAUAGAGGAGUUCCUGCAGCCUGUACCUCAACCACGAAUAAAGGUGUAUGCUGGUGGUCUUAUGGACCCUCCUCCAGACUUCCAUGGAGAGAGUAGUCGAUCUGACCUGUCCGACAUCCUGGAGGAAGAGGAUGAAGACCUGUACUCUGAACCUAUCGUUGACCUCUCCUCCAGAUGUUACAGAACAGCUCCAAAAGGCAGGUCUGAAAUGUGGGAAACUGACAGUGAUGAAGAAAUUUUGGAAAGAAUUACAAAGCUCCCCCCUCAGGUCCAGCACAACAAGCAGCUAUUCAGCAUCCCAGAAGUCACUGAAGAUGAAGACAACACUGAAUCGGAGCCCCACACAAGACCAUCUCCAGGCCGGACUGCCUCAGGUGAGGGCCGCUUACGUAGACGUGAUGGUCAUCGACGUUCCCUCCAUAAAACAAAAUCUGAAUUGCCUGUAGUGAGGUACAGAGGGACUGUUCAGAGGAGGGCUCGGCCCAAAGUGCACUAUGCUGACACGGUGGACACCAUCAACUAUCUGGAUGAAGAAGAUGUAGAGUUGGACUCGGACAGUAGACUGUACGCAGGGCCUAGCGCUGGGAGUCUAUGUGUUCGCCGCACGCCCCAAAAAGUCCAUGCCGAUCGACUCAGGAGAGAGGCCCUACUCCGUAACCAGAUGACCUCUGACCUUGCUGGUGUUGUAGGGUCUUCAGGAGCAGGGCAGAGACCAUAUUUGCUUAGCAAAUCUGUACACCAUUUGAAGUCGCCCACCGGGCCCUCAACCGAGAUUGACGUAGAGUACGGAACCGAUAAUGAUGAGGAGACUCAGGGGUUUGAUCGUGGAGAAGUGGUGCUAGACCAGAUGAGUUCAGAGUGGUGGGUGGAGGGUGGUAACCACGACUACCACCACCUGCCCCUGACAAGCAGGCCUCAACCAGAGCUGCCCCCAAGCAACCGCUCAUGGGAGUCAUCAGGCAGAGAAGCCUCACUGGCCGAUGCAGGUGCAGCGUCGUGUGGCCCAUGUGAUCCGAAAUCGACACGCUCUGAAAGAAGACUGGUAAGAGAGUCCAGGGCACCUGGAGAAAAUGAGGCGAGGAUCUUUGUUGCUCUCUUCCCGUAUGACCCGGCAGUGAUGUCACCCAACCCUGAUGCUGCAGAAGAGGAACUUCCCUUUAAGGAGGGACAGAUUAUUAAGGUUUAUGGGGACAAAGAUGCAGAUGGUUUCUACCAUGGUGAGGCUGGUGGUCGUCAUGGUUACGUGCCGUGCAAUAUGGUUUCAGAGAUCCAGGUGGAUGAUGAGGAGACCAGAGACCAGCUCCUGAUGCAGGGCUUCCUUUCCACAGAGGCGUCCAUGGAAAAGAUAGACGCCCGCUUACAUGCACAGCUUCUGCGCCGCCCCGCUCCACCGCCGAAACCUAAACGCUCCAAGAAAGGUGUGUGUCAGCGCUCGCUGUCUCCUGCAUCCCAGAUUUCACCUGCUUUUGCUUUUACUCAUUUUCUCCCAUCAGCUCUCUGUAUUCUGCUUCUGGAACUAAAAGGGGGAUGCGUUCAUGAAAUAGUAUUGACGGUGACUAUCACCGCUGGAGUCAGCUGCAGGAUGGUGGCCAUCUUUGACUAUGACCCGAGAGAGAGUUCCCCAAAUGCAGACAUAGAGGCUGAGCUUACAUUCAGUACGGGUGACAUCAUCUAUGUGUUUGGUGACAUGGACGAUGAUGGAUUCUACUAUGGUGACCUGAAUGGACAGAAAGGUCUUGUGCCGUCCAAUUUCCUGCAAGCUAUUCCAGAGACGGAGAAGGAAGCUGUAAGGACAGAACACACAGUGACAGAGAGCCGCAGAGAUUCACAGGUGAUUCAGUGUGAUUCUGAUCCCAUGAGCUCCUGUCAACUAGAACCGGUUCCACCAGCCCAAACAGAACCGAACCCUGAACCAGACUCUGAGCAAAAACCAACCCUGAGCACUUCUCCACCAGAGACCCUCUCCGACACCUCUCUGUCCGUGCCCGAGAAAAAGAAGAAGGGCUUUUUCUCUAAAGGCAGGAAGCUCUUCAGAAAGCUGGGCUCCAGUAAGAAGGAAUGAAUCAACAGCCUUGUUACCAUGAAGGAUCUGCAGACUGCACUUUUCCUUGUGGUGUGUGUGUGUGUGUGUGUGUGUGUGUGUGUGUGUGUGCGUGCGCGCGUGCGUGCGUGCGUGUGUGUUUCUUAUUCUCUAAUCUUUGCCAUGAUGAUGUAGAAUCACCAGCACAUUCUUGUGUCUGUUCAUAAAGAAAGAGUAUUAUUCCAAUAUUCAUAUAAAUAGGAUUAAACAAUACAAACCUUGUGAAUAGAUACCAGAUUAACUUGAUUGUGUAUGUGUGCGUAAAUGACACAAGUUAUGCUAAUGUGUAUUAAAGCAUCCGCUACAGGACAUCAUCUGCUAAUAUUCACAUCCAUCUGUCACUGAAAGGAAGACCACACUUGUAUGGAGAGAUGUCGACUGUGUAAAUAUACUGGUGGAAUGAUGUCCUGUGGAUGUUUGUUCCAAGAAUUGAUGGAAAAUGAAGUGAGAUGAUGUUUUGCACUACGAGUCGGGUCCAAGACUGCUAAACUGUGUAAACCCUUUGCUGUUGUGUUUUGGUAGCGUGAACUAGUUAAUGCGAGAGGAUGUGACGUUAAGACCGUAGCAUACUGACCGUUACUUUUCACAAGACUCAAGUUACAUUUACUCUGACUACAAUAGCAGAGAUACAUUUAUCUUUACUAAACUACAUCUGAACUGCAAGACCAAACGCUUCUGAUUAGUUUGAUAGUUCGAGGCACUUACAGUUUCAGGCCAUUUCAGGUGUAGUUCAACAACUGUAAACUUAAAGGAAUAUUCCGGGUUUAAUACAAGUGAAGCUCAAUCGACGGCAUUUGAGGCAUGUGGAUUACCAGCGGAAACAUUUGCACUCCUAUUUAUUUAAAUAAAGCACAAAUGUGUGUUGCAGUGAGACACUUCCAAUGCAAGUCAAUGGGGUUUAAUCUGUCAACAUUAAAAUACUGUUUCACAAGUAUAAACACAAGACAUAAACAAUAUGAGUGUUAACAUGAUUUUACUGUCAUUAUCACUUCUAAACAAUAGGUUAUAAUUGUAUCAGAUAUUAUGUUCAUUGCCAUGGUGAUGCAACACCACAAAUGGAUUGUAUCACCGUAAAACCAUUGACUUGCAUUAUAAGUGUGUCACUGGAACACACAUUUGUGCUGUAUUUAAAUUAAACCCGGAAUAUUCCUUUAAAAGCUUUUAUGUCUUUGGUCAUGAUUUUUAGUUUUAGUUUUUUUCCAGGAUAUUACUACAUAACUAUAAGUGGCAUUGUUUCAUAAUUUUGGCCCCUAACUACACACACACACACACACACACACACACACA